AUGCAAAAAGGACGACGUGGAGUUGGAUUAGGAGCCUUUGAAAAUCAGGAGAAAUCAGUGGAAAAAUAUAGAGAACUUAGUAGCAGCCUUUUUAAAGAACGAUCAGAAGAUCUUUUUAUGCAAUUGUCAGCUUUUAAGGGAAUUUUAGCUGAAUUUGCACGAAAUCAUGGACCAGAUAUUUAUGCAAAUCCUUACCUGAGAAAUGAAUUUUCUCAGAUGUGUAAAGCAAUUGGAAUAGAUCCAUUAGCAUCAACGGGAUCUAAAAAACGUAAUUUUUGGUCAGAUAUGUUAAAUAUCCAUGAUUUUUAUUUUGGAUUGGCGGUAGAAGUAGUAGAGCUUUGUCGAAAUACAAGAGGAGAAAAUGGAGGAUUAAUAAGACUUGAACAGGCGUUACGACGUAUUAAUGAGAUACGUCAAGAUUCAGGAGGAGUAGUUGUGUCAGAAGAAGAUAUUUUACGAUCAGUUAAAACGCUAGAUAUUCUUUCAUCGGGGCUUAAAGUUGUUCGAAUAGGAGGGCAAGAAGCAAUAUGUUCUCUUCCGAAUGAGCUUAAUUCGGAUCAAUUUACUAUUUUAGAAGUAGCACAAGUUAUGGGUUAUGUUUCUUUUUCAAUGAUUAAAGAUAACUUGCAUUGGGAUGCUUAUCGUAUACUUGCGAUUAUCGAAGAUUUAUUAUCACAGUCGCUUCUUUGGGUCGAUGAACAAGCAGAAGAGACUAAAUUUUGGCUUCCUCUUACUAAUCAGAUAUGCUGA